AAAAUUGUUAUAUCAAAUCUUAGGGGCUAAUGUGGAUACAGCUGGUAUGUAUUCGUGGACGGCAUUAUUAGUAGCAGCCCAAGGAAACCAUGUAGAAAUCGUGCAUCUUUUACUGGAAUGUAAACCAAACGUAAACGCCCUCGACAAAGAUGGUUGCAGUGCCCUUAUGAUAGCUUGCAAAGAAGGAUAUUAUGAGGUUGCUACAGCGUUAAUUAAUGCUAACGCUUAUAUAAAUAUACAGGAUAGAGCGGGAGACACGAAUUUAAUACAUGCAGUUAAGGGUGGACAUAGAAAUAUUGUUGAAGCUCUUCUUAAAAAGUAUGCGGAUGUAGACAUAAGUGGAAAAGACAGGAAAACUGCUGUUUAUAUAGCGGUCGAAAAGGGAAAUCCCAAUAUAGUUAAACUUCUAUUAAACGCUAAUCCGGAUCUUGAAAUAGCAACAAAAGUAAGUAACAGAAUAAUUUGUUUUCUUUAAAAGUUUAGUAAGCAAAAUCGUUAGGUU